AUGGCGGUAAAUACGGAAUACGGAAAAUCUGUUCAAGGGGUACUCAAAAUCUUGGAACUUGUGAGUAUUUCAAGAAAAAUCAAACCUUUUUUAUAGAUAUAGGGUACGCUAAAUUAACCUCUUUCUGGAAAUAGGAGUAUACCGGUGUUAUAGAAUAAUUAACAGUUCGGAACAAUUAUCGAAUGGAGCUGAGUACAUGCAUAAUCAACGAAAAAUUUGACUUGGUAUUUUAUUUUGUAGUGUACAUUGACCAUAUAGUUUCGUACUAUACUGCAACUGUAUCAGUUGUGUGCAUGCUAUAUUAUUUCACAACCGCUGAGAUGGGACAAACUCUAUGACUGCGCUUAGCUUGACAAAACGGGCCACCACUGGUUUUCCUGCGGAAUAACGUCUGAGCAACCACUGGAGAAAUUCGGAAUCCAUACUGAUGACGUAUCACUUCCUAGACCUGGGUAGUGCUUCUGACUGGUCGUGCCGCGAGAGAAAUUUGCUUCAACCAAUCAGAAGCUCUACCCACAUCUAGGUAGUGACAAGUCAUCAGUAUGGUAUUUCCGCAGUCGUUGCUCAGAUGUAAUUUCGCCGUGAAAUCAGUGGUGGGGUCGUGAAUAGUCUGUUAACGGACCCUCUAUUUUCUCUUAAAGUCCGCUGAGCGCGCGUAAUAAAAAUAUAAACAGCGGGGAAUUAAAUUAAAGAAACGUCUGUGUAUAGGCUACGUAGUGAAUUGUCAGCUGUUUUCUCAAGCUAUGAUCAUGACUUCGCUUUUUUUUUUACAGAUAACUAUCUGCAUAGCGUUUUCAUGUCUGGCUGAUUUUGAACGAGAACUAGAACUGGCUAAAUUUUCCGACAAAUUUGAAGUGAGGUUCGACUUCUUCAUGGCGGUUUUCGUUAUUGGGUUUGUAGUGGUCCUGGUGGUGUUCUUGGUCUUCCUGUUCAGCUUCAGGGAGAAAGACAUGAAUCUUGCAGUGAGUAUAUGCGGGUUUGUGUAGAAAUCUACAGCCGACAUUUUGUUUCCAUCUUAAAUUUCGCAAAAGCGCUGCUAAAAGCUAAGUAUGGUUAAGGCUGAGUAUGAUCUGAAGAAUUACGGAGAUCAAGGAGGGUGUUCAGUUGCGCAUGCCUGUCUCUCAGCAAGUUCAGGAUGUAGAGGGAUGUUUACUUUGACUAGAAAGUAAUAGAAUAUCACAUUCGCAUUAAUUCACAUGCUAAUUUGCGGCGAACAAGUCGCGAUAAAUUAUUAUCAUUAUUAAUAAUUGGCUAUAUUUUUAGGCAUUAAUUUAGUUACUUUUUCUUCGUGAAACGUCUGAAAUGUUCUGCCACUUUCUACAGCUCUCCCCAAAAAAGCAGCCUCGUCCCCAGGGCUUCUCGAUUGCCGUCCCUUUUUCUUUUGUUAUUUUUUCCAUUUUUUUUUUUGUUGUUUCCUUUCCUUUCGCUUCACAUUAUAUAUCAGCAUAAAUUACUUAUAGUAUACAUGCACUAAAAAAUACCAAUUGAAUCAAAAGCUUCAUAAAUUACACAUAAAAAAAAAAAAAAAAAAACAUAAACAUAAACUGUAUUUAUAAGUAUUUAUAAGAAAAGAGAGCAAGGCUAAUAUUGGGAAGUUAACAAUACGAAGAUGCAAAAACUAAAAGAAAUAUUAGAAAAAUAAAUAUCAAAUAUUGUACAUUAUGUAUUGGGCGGCAGAAACGUGUUCAAUUUAUGUAUGUUGGAAAGAGCGAUUAAGAAAGUAUCGAAAUUAAUGCAUCCCAUUUAUCAUAAUGUUUUGUUGAAGAACAUCAUUUUUCCUAGAGAUAAUAAUUUGUAGGUAGCUUUCAAUCAGUAGCCUUAAAAACGUCAAGUGAUGGUUCUUUUUUAUCUAAUUUGCACCCAAAAGAAUUUUGCUAAUAAAAAGGCUCGAUGAUUGAUUAUCAUAAAAUCUUUAUUGGUAUUGAAUUUACCAAGAAAGACACCUGGAAAUGAAAUAUCCUUUACUUCACUGCUACUGAAGGGUUAUCCACAAUAAAACGUCUUUCUAAAACAUAUGCACUACUUCGCAAAAGAUCGAUGGCCAGGGGAUUCCACUUCAUUUUUCACAGAACGUGCAGUUAGGGGAGUCGAAAAUUUUGAAAACAAACAGUUCAUCAUUUGUGUGUGCAAUAAAGUAACUAUCUAUUUCUCAUCCAGAGAAACCUGAAAAGGCAAAGAAUAUAUACAGUGUAACCUGUAUUAAGCGGACACCCUCGGGGAAUGCUGUAGUGUCCGCUUAAUACAGGGUGUCCGCCUAAUGCAGGUUUCGAUAUAUAACGUCAUAUGAGGUGUCAAAUGCCAUUCAAAUGAACAGUGGAAGCGUUUAUAAUACUCCCAGAGACUAUGACGAUAGACGUUUGCAUUAAUUUCUUUAUCAAAGUGAACCAAUUGAUCAUAGUACCAUAAACAUGGAUUGCAACUCAAAUUUGAAGAAAUCAGAUGAGUGACAAAAGCUCUAUACAAACAAAACGAAAUAGAAAACAAUCCGUUACUGUGAAACUAAUCAUAUAAGUUCGUCAAGUCACGUUUUUUAAUGUAAAAAUCGACAAAUUUGUGGGUGGCAAUUCGAGGCAAUCUUUCGCAUUUCCGGUGUCUGGCAUGUUGGGUGGUGAAAUUUAAUUACAAGUGUCCGUUUAAUACAGGUUGGCAACAAUAGAAAUGGCCCUUUUUAGGUGCUUUUUACGUGUCUGCGUCCGCUUAAUAGAGGUGUCCGCUUAAUGAAGGUUUCAUAAAAAGUAAAUAAGGGAAUAAAUUUGGGGACUUCGGCUACUGUCCGCUUAAUAGAGGGUGUCCGCUUAAUACGGUGUCCGCUUAAUACAGGUUUCACUGUAUAUAUUUUUGUCCAUUUACACAAAAGACUUGGUUUUAGGAUCUAAUUUGUCUUACCAUUUGGCAUUAGCAAUAGACUGGGUUAAUCUAUAGGAACAAAAUUCUUUGUACACAUUUUUUAAACGGAUGUUAAGAAUAUCCAUCAUUUCACCUUUUUAACUGACAAAAAAAUAAGAGCUUUCGUUCAACGCUGAUGGUGGAGUAAACGCAUUGCCAUUAAAACCUCCACCGUCUAUAAUCCUACAAUCAUCAUCAAUACCCAUUCUGUUCAGUUCCUCUUUGAUCUGGUCAAAGAAAAAUAUCAGGUAGCUCGUUUUGUUUUGAAGCAUAAACUAAUAUUUAAAAAUACAAAUUUCUGGUCUUGCACUGUCGCUUCCAAACGAAUGAGCCGCACCUGACUGUCUGGACCGCACAGAUUUUAAUUCAAAUUCUAAGGGGUUUUUAACCAAGAAGAAUACCCCAAGUGCACUUUGCUCAGAGCCAUGGGGAAAAGCAUGUCACCUUUCCAUGCAUUUUCCAACUACUGAUUCAGUUCUGACAUAUAUUCAACUCUGAGCUUUGAUAUUGUGGUACCAACUUGAAAGCCAUGACAUAAAAAUAAUUAAAAGUAGUCCUCAGUAUUAAGACAUAGAAUCAACGACAUACUUAGAAUAAUAUUUCUUCACUUUUUUUUUUCUCUUUUAAGCUGUUCAUUUUCUCCGCCCUGUUUGCUCUGUUGUUUUUCAUUGCUUCUGGUCUCAUGACUGAAAUCUUGAAAGAUGUGUACGACGCACAAUGGCACAAGUUUCCUCCUUUGAAAAAAUUCUCUGACCUUCUUACUGUGUCAGUGGUAAGUAUCUCAAAAUAUAUCACGUUUUUACUCGAAUAAGCACUACCCGCGAUUAAGCGCCUAUUAAGACGUUUGAAGCAUUCUGUACUUUUAAUACGGGGAAUAUUAAUACCGUAGUUAAUACAAUUUUUUGCCGCGUCCAACUGGGACCGAGUUCUUCACCCAAGUAAUGCUGAUGACUAGGUUUAGGACAAAAAAAAAACUACUUUCUUUGUAUCGGUCAACAACUCUGCUUUUCAUCCCUGGUUACGUCAAUGACUACCGUCUCUGCUGUUCCUCUAAAAAACUUAAGACCUUAGUUAGGAGUCCCACUCCAGACAAAAUCAGACAGAAGGGCCAAAUAUACUUGUACCUUGUCUAGUGACCCGGCCCUUGUAGGCAUGUAAUAACGCAAUCCCCCCCACCGGGUGCAGUGAUUGAAUUGGUCAUAAAAGGAUUGGUUUAGUUUAAUUUGGACACGAAAAGUGCAAAACAUAUCUACACCGACCAAAGACAGCUGAAGUGAUAGUUGGAAUCUAUAAAAUCUUUUAAUCUCUCAUUAAAUCGUCAACUAAGGGCUUAACGCUCGACAUUAUAUACCAGGGUACAGAGAAGUUCAAUGGAACCCUUUUUUUUUCUUGCCCUUCUUCAGGUGUCGUUGAGUCAAUGACGACACCAGGGGAGGGAAGAAGAGAAAGGUGUUCAUUAGAUUUAAAAGUGCGAUUUAUCUCUAAUAUUGUCUGGAGAACCGUUCCUUUUUUUACUAUUUCUCCUUUUUUUUCUAGGUAUUUGGAUUUCUUUCGGGGGGUCCUCCUUGCAGUCGAUGGAGUUCUCUUUUUCAGUAAAUGCAAAACUGGAGCUAACUGAGUAGUUAAGAUGCAGCUUGCUUUUCAUAAACCUCCCCUGUUAAUUUAAUAAUCUAUAACUAACCUGCACAGUUUUUUAAGAGGUGUUUUUCCCCGCAAAUUUGUUUCAAAGCCAGACCAGUGAGGGUUAGCCUGAGAAAAUAAGCCGGCGUUUUGCGACCCCGGCCACCCGACUGUUUCACGAAAUGCGGCGUCGCAAAAUGUCGGCUCUUUUCUCGGGCUACAGGGUAGGUCGUGAGGCAAAAGAAAAUAAAAAAAAUAUCAGCAAGUCCACAGCGAUAAAUCGUUGAGUGGUGCCGGGUCUCCCACUUGUGAUCAGUACAAUAAUACUCGCUUGCAGAAAAUCAUAAAGCGGCAAACUGAUCCUUACGGCAAGGCGAUGAAGAAGUAAACGAAAGAAUAAAACAAAAAAUAUAUAGUUUCAACUCCUGAAGAAGGUUUGUUUUCAAACUGAAAUAUUGGGCAAAUUUGUUAAAAAUAUAUAUGUUUUGUACUUCUCAUCGCCUUGCCGUAAGGAUCGGUUUGCCGUUUUAUGAUUUUUAGCGAAAGAAACUCGGUCCUGUUGCUAGCUUACUCGUAACGCCAUUAUAGGAAAGAAAAAGCUUCUGGAGAUGAAGUCUUCACCACAGUUUCAGUGUUUAAUGCGCCUAAAGAAAUUCAGAGGCUAUAUCCGCGAAUCGGAUGUUCAGCCUAUAGUACCAAUUGAAAGCUGAACAUUUUCGCUUCGAAGUUACGUCAUGAUCAGAGCCUCUGAGGUCAUUAUAUUACUGGUUACCAAACCUAGAUAGCAUAGUUUUUGGUUUGUGAAUUUUCUUUCUCAGUUAGUAGAGAACACUUUCAUUGACUUGAGACAAUUUUUCAAUUUUAAGUUUCUAAAAACAGCAACAUCAAUACUCUUGAUCUUUGGCCAUCGCAGCUUGAUAAAAAAUAAAAUUCAAGCUGCGGUGAUGAACAUCAGAGAAAAACUAACAGCGGGGUAAAAUAUGACUUUUAUCUUGACGCCGUUUCGUAUGCUUCAACAUACAUCUUCAAAAGUAAUCGUAAUUAGAAGUAAGUAAGUAAUUAAUCAAUAUGAAAUUAGAAAUACAAUAAUUUGCUAGUUACUGAUUUCUUAUCAGCAACGUUAUUUCAUGACUAGAGGUAAAUUUGCAUCGCUGAACACUUGGUCAGUUUUGCAGUCAAACUCUCCCGUUCCAAAAGCUCUUCCCGUCCCUCGCGAGAUUCCUUACGUGGGCGCGUGUCUGAUGCAAGGCCACAAAUUUUCAGAGCAAAACGCGUGUAAACAUGAGAAAAAUAAUUUUUCACACUGUUGAGACUGUGAUAACUGCUGGCAAUGCACUUUACAUUAACCGGAGAGCUGAUACAAGGAUAAUUUUGGGUGCUUAGAUAUUAAAUAAACGCUACUGAAAUAAAUAAACACUCGCUUAAAUGUAUCGAUGCAUUUGGAGAAUAUAUCUUUGCAAUGUAGUCCAGUAGCCGAGCUCGGAAAAUUGUCGUUUUGUUCAACCCACGGGUCAGAAAAGGUUUAAGCUUGAUACCGGAUUUUGGUAGAACAAAACCUUUUGUUCAUUGUCUAACAAUUUGCAAGGUCGAUUUGUGGUAUAGGUUUUGAGUAAACGACGUUUUAUUUUUAUAUCACACAAAUUACAGUCCAGCAUGAAAACGAGACUGGAGCCUGAAUCACCUUUUACUUUCCAAUUCUUUGUUAAAAAAAAAUCGCUAAAAAAGGAUAACUUAUCCAAUGUUCAAUAUAACAAAGACGAUCAUUAUUAUAUUUUCUAGUCAACACUGUCACGUGACUGAUUGCGUAACUCGCACAAGGAAAAAUUAUUGCUUGAAAUAAAGGAAAAUCGCGCUUUUAUCGUUUUUCUUCUUUCUAAGAACCGGUUAUAAAUAGGCUACUUUGUUAUUAGUUGUUUUCUCUAGAUAAUUUGCAAGUAACGUUUCCAGGAUAGAUUAAAAAACAUUUCAAGAGCGUCAGUACUGGCCACAACUACGCUUAACUUCACAACAAGCAUUUCUCCUAAUCAGUUGAAUCAAGCCGAGAGCGGCUGUUAAGGAAUGUAUACAGUAAAAUGUAUAAGAGAUCAGACACACUAUAAGCGCGUGUGACUUCACGCUGCCUCGAACAGCUCACAUAUGCAUGGUCCACCUGUGGAUAGAUAACUCUUGCAAGGCUUUUCCCCGACAUCCCGGAACAGCUAUACAGUAAAACCCCGCCUAUAACAAAAGAACCUGUUAGGCUAAAAUUUUCAUUUUAAGGCCCCUCCACAUAAGAACCUAUUAAGGCUAAAAUUUUAAGUUAGGCUCUCAUCAGUGGAACUGGUUGUGAAUGUACUGUAUUUGUCCCAAAAUUUUCUUGGUAUCAACUUCGAAAUGGCAUUUCAGAGAACUGAUCUAGCAUGACCAUGAGUUUGUUUGUUAUGUUUUGUUAAGGACAUAUCUACACUGUACUGCCUGUAGGCAUUACAUUAGGUAUACAGCUAUUUCGAGAAAGGUCAGGGGCACCCAACUUCGGUUUUCUCCUAAAUACAUUGAAAACACUUUUCAGGCUACCCAGAGUACUUUUAGUUCUAAUCGGCGCUAUGAAAUUUAUAUCUGUUCGGUCAUCCUAGGGCAACUUGAGUCUUUUCGAAAUUACCAGGGCUUCAGUAUUAUCUUCCCGAAAAUUUUAGAUGAGAGAAGAAGAGAGAAUUUUUCUUAUUCCUCUUUCCAUCGCAUUUUCGAAUCCGAAAAUUUUAGGUUUUCUUUUUCUGCAAAAAAUAGCUUAAUCUGGCGGAGGCGGGGUAGCGGGGUGGGGGGCGGGGGGGUAAAAUGCCAAACAUUAAACCCAUGUUCAGAAAAUCGUAGGGAAUUUAUUAGAUAAGCUUCGAAAAUUGUACAUGAAUGGAAAGGUGUAGGAAACUCUAGGCAAUUUGUGCUUCUCCGAAUAGAUAUUUUACAGAAACCUGUCGUUGGGUGCCCCUGAAAGGUUGUCCGAAGAAAUGUGCACGCGACAAUCCCGAGAGGCAAUAUGGGAUAUGAUCAAUACGCUGUUCCUGGCACCGUAGCUGUCGAAUCUUUUAUUGUUGCUUUCCUUUAGCACGCGCAAACAUACGUCCAUGGCCUCUUGUGCCAUUCUUCCAAAUUUCUUUGAAGAACAGUGAACUUAAAACCACCCACAAUUCCUUUCGGGAUUGUCGCGUGCACUUCUGCCGACAACCUUUCUCGAAAUAGCUGUAAACAGUUCGGGAGUAUGCCAGUUUUGGAAGAAGCGAUGACGUCAUGAUUCCAUUGUUCUGCUAAAAACACGCAAAAAUAGGAAAAAAUAAUCGCAAGAAACAAGGGAGCUUUUUUCAAAGCCUGUUCCACUUGUCCUCGUUCAAUAUCCGGGACGUCCGAGCUAGCAGUACCGGUGAAGAAGCCUUCUCCUUGCUUUUUGAAUGUCAAGGGAACUUUCCUGCCACAUUUCGGUAGUUAAAAGCGACAGUUUUCAAAUGGCCUUCGACGCCGCCGCCGCCAUCUUGACGGGUAUCGAAUGUAAGUACAUGACUUUAUGUUUAGUUUUCAGUAUCUUGCCGAAUUUUUACGAAGUCAAGACUAAUUUUCCUCAAAACUACAACGUUUAAAGUGUGUUCAGGCAAAGUUUCAUCGAUGGCAACAACCUAGUAAAAAUGGCAACCACACAUUGAAAAUUGCCAACGGACAGGAAGGGUGACUGAUAUUGAUGGUUAUGCCUUAGUCUGUCUAUGUACUUUCAGUUAUAAUCGAUCAGGUCUGUUUUUGGUCGUGUUCACCAGCAAUUUAUGCGACUCUCAUCUAGAAAUCACUUUAUUGAUCCAGAUCAUGUGUGUGGAAUUAGUUUUAAAUCAGUGUGAGUAGGUUCUUACAUUGAUUUCUUUUAUUUUGAUCAGGAUUUCCGUCAAAAAUGUAGACAAACAUGUGGAGAUAUUACAAACAUGUUGUCGCGUUUGUGCCAAAAAGCUGGGAAAAGGAACCAGGAAGACAAAAUGCUAAAUAUCUUCAGAACGACAUAUUUGUGCUCUGAGGGCAAAAUAUUGCUUUAGGUUCGCCUUAUGUUCCACUGUAAUGAAAAAUUUAAUGUCCAAAUUCAACCCUACCUCAAUAGAAUUAACUAUGUUUUUUUGUUUCUUUGUAGUGUGGUCACAGGCUUACCCACCACAAAUGCCCCUCCUUUGACCCUUUCAAAAAUGGGUAAGAGGGAAACAGGUUGGAGGGGGGGCUUAUAUACCUUGUGAGUGGAAGCUCACACUCAAUGACCAUUCAACCAUAGAAGAGACUGUGGCCCUUAUUCAAGGGGCUUUAAAGGAGAUAGAUGAGAAAGGAGUCAUGGAAGUGGAGGCUUGUGAAGAUUUUCUCUACAUAAUGUUCAAUCCCUCACGUCAAAUAUUGUUUAUACUUUACAGAUGCCAAAUACAUAAUAUGUUCAGUCCCUGUGCUGCGCAAAAGGUCAAUCUGAAACAUGAAAAAUGCCAUACUCUCCCCUAUCAAUUCCUGUACAUGAGCAAUAAGCCCACAUUUGAUGUCAUAAUAUCGAAUAUGUGUGUAUUUGAAUAAAUGCUAAAUUAUUGAGAUUCUCUUGAUGAAAAAGCAUCUAUGUUAAUGCAUCGUCUUCUACAAAUCAUCCUCCCUAAUAAAUAAUACAUGAGAGACAUCUCACAAGAUAACUAUUGAAAAUCGAUGUCAGCUGCUACUGUCUUCAUUACAUCAAUUAAGUUUUGGUUUUUGGUUUUGAUGUCCAAGAAGGUGUUAAAAAAACAAGAUUUUGAGAUAAAAGAGUGUGUAUAAUAUGCGAGCCAGGUAGCCAUGGCAGCGAGUCAUGCAGGUCAGAAUCAAAAACAGUAAUACGGAAAGAAUUAACUGUCAGGACCUAAAAUAAAAUCUUUAUUUACAAAAAACAAAAUAUAACAAUAAAUAACUUUUAUUGUAUCUUUACUCUGAUGUGUGAGCUUUGUUUUCUUGAAAGUGCUGUUCAAUAGAAACAUGAAGAACCGGCUAUGAAAAAGAACUUUGGAAAACUUAUGUUGUGUCCAUGCCAAGUGCAGUAAUCAUUAUUAUUUUGGGCCAAACCUUGUCUAAUAGAAUUGUUUGAGGGUUCCCACAGAGAAGACUUGGAGAAAAGUGCUCCUUAAAGUUACAAUGCCUUUGGUUUAAAGGCAAUCCCAGAGUUAAAAACAAUAAUUUAGUAUUAUUCGGAUGUAACAUCAAAUCCCAUACAAGAGGAUAUUUUAUAACAAUCAAUAACCUUGUUGAUCUCUGACCUCUGGUCAAAUCCGGUGGACUACAAGACUAUAGUAUCCCAUUUUAAUCAAUAGAUCCAAAAGCAUGUAACAAGCAUAAUUCUUAGUUUUCCAAUAUGUAUAUUAAAUUCUUAAGAGCCUCUUGCAUUUGUUAAGCUUGACCAAAUAAUCAGUUAACUUCAGAAAGUGGAAUAAUUGAAAGUAAUAGGUUUUUUUGAAGCGGGACAAAAAAAAAUGAUCAGGGAUGAUAAGUAAGAUUUUCACUUUGUGGGUUUUCAAAAAGAAAACGCGGGCACAAUACCCUCAGAAAUCCCUUGUAAACCUGUUGUAUACCUGCACGGAACUGCUUCAAGACAUAAACCAACAGAACAUCAUAUUCGAAAAAACAGAUAUUUUACUCACAAAUGACUCGCUUGCACCAAAACAAUAACAUGAAUUACAGCCGUCUUCUCCGGCCAGUCGCUCACUCGCGGGAGAGAAACAGAUGCAACGGGAAAAAUUACAAUGAAUUAUAGAACAACUCACUUUUUAGUUGUUUCCAAAGCAUUCUUUUUUCCUUAUGAUAUAAAAAAAUGAUGAAAUAAAUAGGCACAAACUUGUUAGCGUGCUUACCUAUUUUCGAUGUACUGAUUACAUACGCAGUGAGUACGCAGUGCCUACUAAGCGCGCGAUAAGCGAAGAACUAUAGCGCAAGAAUGGUUACUCCCUGUCCUCAAGGUACUUCCCAAUUCAUACUAACAAAAAGACAAAUAAAAGGCUCGAUAAAACAAGAAUAAACGAGAAUUUUGGUCAAUACUCGUUCUUCUCCUCUCCCUUGUCCGCCAUUUUGUAUGUUUUGAAAAUGGCCAUCGCCAUGGUGAUCAUGUUACGGUUGGUGACGUAGACCAUUGUUUUCGCUUCUUCCAAAACUGGCAUACUCCCGAACUGGUAAAUGAUUUAUAUUGUAUUAUGAGAUGAUAUUUAUAAUAAAAAAAAUAAAUGAAAUUCAUAUGAAAAUAUAAGAACCUAUUUUAACAACCUUGGUAGUCGAAAUUUGCUACCAUUUAUAUAAGAACCUGUUAAGGCUAAAUUAAAAAAUCCAGGUUCUUAUACGCGGGGUUUUACUGUAGUCUCUGAGUUCUUUAUCUUGUAUAUUACAUCAAAAACUUGGGUGAAAUGGUGGAAACUCUCAAAAUCGGUGGAUAUUGCACAUAUGCUGAACCCCAGAAGCGAUCUGUCAAACUGCGACUCUACUGGCUUCAGUUUCACGAAACGGAGACGGAAGUUCAGUUGUUCUAUUUUAUGAAACAGGCUGAAACCCCGCAGUUUUCUGGCAUGAGUGCGUGCUCUGUCACAGGUGCUACCGCAAGGAUGCGUGAAUCGGAACUGUUUUUUUUUUUUUCAUUUCUCAUAGCCUGGCCAAAAAAUCCCUUUCCAAGACAGGCAAUUAAUAAAAACUCUUAUUAACCUCUUUGCUGCGGACACUCCAACUUAGUAUAAUUUUCUGUUUGUGUUAAUUAUUUACGUUCAUGAUUUCCGUCACGCGAAUGUAGAACAAUUAAUUUAGCUUUCCAUCUCGUCAUAAAUGUUGACGGAAAUAAUGUUUUGUUUCAACAUUUUAAAAAAUACGUGCAGCACUGCAUUAUUGCGUGUUUCACCACCAAUUUUAAACUGAUUCGUAUAUGUAGCUGAGAUGUGAAACGUACUGAACUACUGAUAGAGUGCAUGAUGCAUGUUAAGUUAUAUUCAGUCAAAACGAGUGUCUGCAGCGAAGCCUUAAAUAAAGUGACGUCAUUUUGGUGACCUCUAUAAAGCGGGCACCUAUCUAAUGCAGACAGUUCGCUCUGUCUCUUCGGUGUCCUUAUACGAAGAAAGGUUCAACAGUACGCGCUUGCUGGUGUGAGAAUAAUCACUUUUCAAGUUGUCAAGUGUAAAGUGUAAACCCGGGCUUAAAAGAAGCCAUCUUGUUAAAGGUAAGUUUUGUUCAGAUGCCACACAGAGGAGUUAAGUGUUUAUCACUCGCCGUUUUCUUUCACCAAACUGUCGAAACUCCCCCCGAACUAAGUUAACUCCGAUCGCUAAUUUAUACGCUACUUCCACAUUUCCAAUUAUGCACCUUAUUUGCCCCUCAAAAUUUUGCAUAACCCUUGUUUGUCAUUUAUCCUGGGUAUUACUAGACGUUCCUCCGCGCGAAACGUCCCUAGCGGCGAAGAGCGAGGAGAAACGCAUGUUUUCGUAGGCUGGGGUAUUACAGCCGUCCCAAGAGAAAUUGAAAACAAUGCUCAUGCAAAAUUUUGGGGGCAAAUAAGGUUCAGAAAGGGAAAUGUGGAAGUGAUGUCCAGCUGAGACGACUUGUUGUUCUCUUCAGUAUGGUACUGAGACAGCUGCUAAAAACGAUUCUUUCCGAACAAGGAACGCUGGUGAAUGUCGAGAAAACAGUGUGAGCCGCGUGACUCCACGCAUGGCAUCGGCCCAUGAAACAAAAAAGGGUUCAAAAAAUAAAGAAAAAGUAAUACAACAACUCAGGAACCAACGAGAUCACUGACUGAAUAUUUUUUGUCGUUCUAGCAAAUAUUAGGCACAUGCAUAAUGAGGGUGUGGGAUACAAGGAAAAAUCGCUGAAUGCUAAUUUGCCCAUAAUUGCUAAUAGGCCAUUUGCACUAAGAGGCAUGUGACAUCGUUUUUAUGAAAAUGAAAGUUGUAUGAUUUUGCUCGAAAAACAAUUAGUGGGUCAUAUCUUAAACAAAAUAAUAGUGAUUUGGUUUUUCAAACUCGCACCAUUUUCUUAAAAUGAAUAAGUUCGUAAAUGGUCACGUGACCAAAAUGAGAUUUUUAAAAUUAUGAAUUACCUCUCUCUGAACACAAAUUUUGCACUUAAACUUCAAGGAAAAUGUUGAAAAGAUGAUGUGAUAAUCUUUACAGCACAUCUGAGCGUAACUAUGAAACGUUGAACAAGAUAUAAGCAAGAGGUAGUUUUGGCCGCCAUGUUGAAGGGCAAGAGCAUGCCCUCCAACAUGGCGGCCAAUACAAAUCAUACUACUUUGCUGAAAAAUCAAAGUGCCGUAAAAUAUCUCCCUUAAAUGCGUUUCCUCUCAAAUUUCGGGUGUAAGAUCAUUUUUGUGAGCUCUAACGAUUUUUGGCAUCAGCAAGAUUCCAACUCAUUGUUUAAAGGAAGCAUUGGUCACGUGACCUCUUAGUGCAACUGGCCUAUUGGCUGACAGAGACGGGAUUUUUUCUUGAUCUCGAGGGCACUUUUUGUAACCAAGGUAAAUCCUAUGCUUUUCCACCAAAAAUACGCCUUUAUACUUCAUGUCGCUUUCCUUUCGAGUUAAGAUGAGAUAAUCGAUCGCUAUUUACGGGCAAAGUUGUUGUUUUGUUAGUCUAAACCCAUUGCUUCAUUACCGUUCUCGUUGUCAUUGCUUAAGCUCCCUGAUUACAGACGACGCGCCCUCAACCAAUCAGCACCAAAUACAGCUCGUACCUAGGCCCGUUCGCGCUAUCUGAGUUACAAUAGGAGGCUUGUAGGCGAAUUUUCCCGACAAGCUUGACAGGCGACUUCACAUCCGAAAUCGCCGAGGAUGACUGGGAACGAGGCUGCAUCAUCAAAUAAUAAUCAUGUCCUAUCUUAUAACAAUUGCCCUCUUGAUUAACUAAAAAUGUGCAGUUUCUUGGUGUUGCAGACGGAUGCUAUAACCAUCACCAAUACAAAAGAUGAAACUGACAAUGAACAAUAUCCAUACCACAUUACAAUAACUAUAUAACCAAUAAUGGUUUCCGCAAAACCAAGAUACACCCAAAAAUGCCCUCUAUCACCGUCGGUCAAUCAUGACAAGUAUUCAGCAACUUUAUUUUGCCCAGUAUUCAAUAAAUGCUUUAAAAGAUAGAGACUUUUCUCUCAAAGCUAAACGAAUCCGUCUAAGCGGUUAUCUUGAUUAUCGCUAAAUUAAUGGCUAUGGUUAUCUAUUUUUGUAUUGAGGGAAAGUGAUUCUGGCAAUCUUUUGUUCAGUUUUGUUUUUCAGACCGCCGGAUAUGGCGCUUAAUACGGAAUACCUGAAAUCUGCUCAAGGCAUCCUCAAAAUCCUGGAAUUUGUAAGCGUUUAUGUCAAAUCAAACCUUUUAUCAUUAGAUUUUUAGGACAAUACUUGCAGUUUCGCUAGAACAGUUAUAGGAGCUUUGUUGGGUAAGGUUUAGCGCAAUUUAAUUAUCACAACAAACCUUUGUUUUAACACCAGGCGUUUGGAGAUCUAGUAGAUAAAACUGAAAACGUUUCCACGGUUUUUUGAUUUCUCAGUGUUGAAUUCAUUGUAUGUGCUUGGUGCCUGUUCGAUAAGUGAUGUAAAAUUUAGGUCUACUCAUAACCAGCUUUAAUUUUCUACCAAUUUCGACGUUAUAUUUAAAUUCAUACUUGGCUUGGCUUUGCUUUGCUUGGGGGAAUAAAACAAAACGAAAAUCAUCUUCAGGCGUCAUAUUUCGAAAAUGGCAUAUGAAGGUGUAAGUAAUACUACGUAUCUGCAUUAAAAGGGAAGAAUAUUUGGCUCAACGUACAUCGAUAUUUUGUUUAGCAAAUAAGCCUCCAAGAUCUCAUAGGCUUACAACUUUUGUUUGUUUGUGUGUUAAGUGAUCUAAUGACUUUCACUGUCACAGGGACAUCGGACAUAUUUUGGAUUGGUUUGCCUAGCUUUCGCGGCGUACCCUGAGCCGUCAACGAGAGCUAAAGGCACGAGCUUGUGUAACGGGGUUCAUGAGCAUGUGAAAUCAUCGGAAACGCGUUUCUUUCUACCAAUCCUUAGAACGUUUUGUCCAAUUUUCAUUACCAUUCUGUUAGUUUUCUGCACAAAAACGUACUACAUCUACAACAUAAUUAACAUCAAGGCCAGUUUUCAAAUUUAUACUUUUUUACCAUUUAAACUGGAUUUCAGCGAAAACAACAAAUUAUAAAAAAAUAAGGAAAUCAGUCGUAAAGUGAGUUUUUGCGUUUGACCUAUUUUGGGUUCAUGAUCAUGCGCAGUAGUCCAGUUAGGUUAUAUGAAGAAGGUCAACCUCAGUACAUGUUUCAAAGUUGCUCUGGAGGUUAUGGGCAUUUAGCCUCAAAAUCAGUUAGCCACGCCGACAACUCGCACAGCGUCAGUCGGCUCUAUUGUCUUGUGCCUAUUUGAGAUUGCAACAUUAUUGCAGUGAUCGGCAGUGGCUGGAUUGACCUGGAAUUUGCAAGCGAAAUUAAUGAUGAGACUACUGAGACUAGCUAGCCCCUAUGCUCCACGGUCCCUAGUCUCAAAUUUUGUUUUGUUUCUGCCUAGUGUUUGGUUUCUGCUUUUUUAUUCGGACUGAUUGUUUGUCUUUUUGUUUGUUUCAAAGAUAACUAUCUGCAUAGCGUUUCCAUGUCUGGUAGAUUAUGAACUUAAACAGACUGUCGUCUUCGGAGAAGGACUUAUACCUCGAGCUUGGUUCUUCUUCUUUGUGGCAGUUUUCGUCAUUGGCCUGUUAGCCGUCUUGCUGAUAUUCUCGGUCUUGGCGUUUAGCUUGACGGAGAAAAACUUGAACUUUGUGGUGAGUGUACUCAAACUAAACAAACCGACAUUUUGGGUCCGCCAUCUUUCAUUUCACAAAAAUUCUGCUCCAAUCUAAGUGCCAAACUAAGUCUGAAAUAUUCAAAAUCAAUAGAACCACGAUCUGAAAGUUAAUACUCAUAGCUUGCUUGUAAAUUAACUUGUAAGAUAUCGAGUUCUAAGCUCCGGUAACAUAGCAGUUGGUUUUAUCGUAACUUCGUGAAAAAGAAUGGUGCUGAUAGAAUUGAAAUGUGGUACAUAAAAAUAUCCUCUCGUCCUUAGUUUUUUGAAGAAUAAGUAUCCUUUCUGUUCGUUCCGCGACAUGUCACGUGAACACCUCACUGAGAAUCGUAAACAGUAGGUUAAAUAGUUAACACAGGGUUUAAGUAAAGAAGUCAAGUAAAAGUAUUUUUAUUAUUCAUAUUUAAAAAAAUUCUGGCGCUUCACGUUUGGAAUGAAUGUUCAUUGCAUUCCAAUAAAAAAAACUAUGAAGGCAAACGUCAUUUCAAGGGCCCAAAUUUAGUCUUAAAUAAUAGUCAAAGCUUUAAUCAGUGAAACUUCAACUUUUGACCACGUGACAUGUCCAGUGACCAUGAAAGAAGACUACGAUUUGCAUUUGGAGAAAGUUUCAUCUCGUUGUAGGUGUCCGAGCGAGAGAUAUUGCAUAAAUAAAGCAAAUUUAGUUUAACAGUCUCCAAGUCUAUAAUUUGAUGAUUGGAUGCUUUAAAGAGAACAGGAAAAAUAACCCGAGAAAAUGCUUUAAAACAAUCCGAAUUAAAAUUUAACCCCGGAUUACCGCUUUUCGUCCUUAAUUUUAUUUGUUUCUGUUUCUUUUAGCUCUAUAUUUUUUCCUUCCUGCUGGCGUUGUUGUUUUUAGUUGCUUCUGUGCGAAUGGCCGAUUUCAUGAAAAAAGAGUACGAACUGGCUAAAAUAGACAAGGCAUUUGGAUUCCAUGGCCAUUCCGACAUUAUUACGGUCUCAGUGGUAGGUAUCUCAAUACGACUAUUUCAUUUUGACUUUGAAGUUCCGUGCCCGGUCAGAAAAAGCAAAAAAGAACUGUGGAUGUGCUGUGACAUAUUUUUAUAGGUCAGCGUUAACUUGGCUUGCUAUCAGUCCCUUCACCCCUUAUCCCCCGCCCCUUCAGACCUUCUAUAGCCUCCCCGCAGACGUCCUUUGGGGUUCGUUUGUCACGCAUUCAUUUCUCCCCCACGGACUCCGUGGGGGAGAAAUGAAUGCGUGACAAACGAACCCCAAAGGACGUCUGCGGGGAGGCUAGACCUUCUACAGCUCUUAAUUAAAAGGAAAAAAACGGCUGGUUACGCCCUUGACUGCUACGCUAUUCCUUUACACGACAUUAACGUAUAUUGGGAGCCACUUCACCAAAAAAACUCCGACCAAGGCACUUCUCACUACCGAGCGGCACGUGAGAUUCGAAAUAAAUUGCAGUCCCCUGUGCCCCCGUAUUCUGUCAGACCGAUGGAUUUAUUCGGUUAUUGGCCAAUAACUGUAAAAGAGAUGUUGUAAAGGUAUCCUCACCAAUCGGAAAACCGAAAGGCACGCAGCAGGCACUCCAGUGUUCUUACUGUUUUAGUCGGAGGUAUCCUAAUAGAUACUAUUCUGACCUCAUUUUAAUUUGUAUAUACAAUAUUUCCCCUCCCCACCCCCACUUCUGGAUUGGAAGGCGCUGAUAAUUGGGCAUAAAGUACCUCUGAGAAGCGGAUUAGAAAACAUUGCUCUAUUCUGAACAAAACUUCAAACUAUCUACCAUGUACUGAUCGGACGUCAGCUUCAGUUUGUUUGGAAGCUCUGUUCAGGCUAACAGACAAUGGCUCUUCUGUCUCUUUUCGAAAAAAGUAUUAUGUCCACUUUCUCUCUUGAUUAAAGAUAUCUCUAUGUGCAAUGCAUCUGAAAGUACAAUUUACCUGAAUCGCAUGCACUUCUCACCAAAAUUUGUUUAAUCUUCUUUUUUUAGAGUUUUAGCCUCGUUUCUACCUUCCUCCUUGCAGUCGAUGUCUACCUGUUUUACAGAAAAAGGGAGAGUGGAUCAGCUUACGAAGCUAGAGGACAAACUGAAGUUUAG